AUGGCCGAGGACGCGGCUGUCACCAGGGUCACCUGCACGGCCCCGGUCAACAUGGCGGUCAUCAAGUACUGGGGCAAGCGGGACAACGAGCUCAUCCUGCCCAUCAACUCCUCGCUCAGCGUCACGCUGCACCAGGACCAGCUGAAGGCGACGACCACGGUGGCCGUGAGCAGAGCCUUCCAGGAGGACCGGCUGUGGCUGAACGGCGAGGAGGCCGACGCGGGGCAGCCCCGGCUGCAGGCCUGUCUGCGCGAAGUGCGGCGCCUGGCGCGGAAGCGCCGCAGCGGCGCCGAGGACGCGGACGCGCCGGGUCUCUCCUACAAGGUGCACGUCGCCAGCGAGAACAACUUCCCCACGGCCGCCGGGCUGGCGUCGUCGGCCGCCGGCUACGCGUGCCUGGUGUCGGCGCUGGCGCGGCUCUACGGCGUGCAGGGCGAGCUGUCGGCGGUGGCGCGGCGCGGCUCGGGCAGCGCCUGCCGCAGCAUGCUGGGCGGCUUCGUGCAGUGGCAGCGCGGCGAGCGGGCGGACGGCGAGGACAGCGUGGCGCUGCAGGUGGCCCCCGAGACGCACUGGCCCGAGCUCAGGGUGCUCGUGCUCGUGGUGAGUGCUGAGAAGAAGCCGGUGGGCAGCACGGCCGGCAUGCAGACCAGCGUGGAGACCAGCCCCUUGCUCAAGCACCGCGCCGAGGCCCUGGUGCCGGAGCGCGUGGCGCUCAUGGCGCGGCACAUCCGCGAGCGGGACUUCGAGGCCUUCGGGCAGCUCGCCAUGCGCGACAGCAACCAGUUCCACGCCACCUGCCUCGACACCUUCCCGCCCAUCUUCUACCUCAAUGAGGUGUCGCGCCGCAUCAUCGCCCUGGUGCACCGCUACAACGGCCACCACGGCCACUUCAAGCCCGGCCCCGGCCCCCAGCUCCUGGACGACCCCAGCCAGCACCUCCUGGGGCCGGACGGGCUGCCCCGCAGCGGCGCCUGA